GAGAGAGAGAGCAGAGGUACAGAGAGAGGAGAGCAGGACUGCCGCAGACUGCCGGUGGAUGUCUGAGUCUGUAGCCGGGCUGCGGUGGAUCUGUGCCGGCCCCGGUGUGGAUGGGAUUACGCCGGUUGUUCCGCGUCUCCUGUCGGUGCUGCUGCUGCUGCUGCUGGAGGAAACAUGCGGCUGCAGAGCUCCCCGCUUCCCUCCGUCCUCCUCCUCCUCCUGCUGCUCGGGCUCUGCAGCGGCACAAGUUUCCCAAGUAACAUCAACAUAGGAGGCCUUUUCCCCACCGGCUCCCAUGAGUACGAAGUGUUUCGUUUUGCCCUGGCACAACACCAGGACAUCCCCAAACUGGUGCCACAAGUGGACAUGGUGGACACAGGGAGCAGCUUCGCCAUGACCUACGCCUUCUGCUCCCAGUUCUCUAAAGGCGUGUACGCCAUCAUGGGUCUGUACGACCGGCGGACAGUCAACAUGCUGAUGUCUUUCUGCGGCUCUCUGCACGUCUGCUUCGUCACGCCAUCCUUCCCCGUUCAGACCAACAACCAGUUCGUCCUGCAGCUGCGGCCCGAGCUGCAGGAGCCCCUCAUGGCCCUGCUGGAGCACUUCUACUGGACCAAGUUCGUCUACAUGUACAGCGCCGACUCAGGUCUGUCGGUGCUGCAGAGGAUCUUGGACACGGCAGCAGAGCGGAGUUGGCAGGUCACCUCCGUUAACUUGGACACUCUGACAGAAAUCGCCUUCAUCAAGCUGCUGGCCGACCUCGACUUUAAGAAGGACUAUCAGAUCAUCAUCGACUGCGAGCUGGAACGACUCAACUCCAUCCUCAACCUGAUCGCCGCUCAGAGGAGAAACCUGAAGAACUACCAUUACAUCGUGGCCAACCUGGGUUUCAUGGACCUGAACGUCACAGAGUUUCAGAAGCUGGGGCCGAACGUGACGGGCUUCCAGCUGGUGAACCGGUCCGAUCCAGCUGUGGAGAGGAUCAACCAGGAAUGGCUCGACUUCGACAGCAAAGACCUCAAACUGGCUCGCAGGAGGCUCCGGUAUACAGGAGCUCUGACGUACGACGGCGUCAGCGUCAUGGCGACGGCUUUCCAGAACCUGCGGCGGCAACGGAUCGACAUCUCUCGCCGCGGCAACGCAGGGGAGUGUCUGGCCAACCCUCCCGCUCCCUGGGGACAGGGCAUCGACAUACAGAGAGCCCUGCAACAGGUACGUCUUGAAGGGCUGACGGGUCAGGUUCAGUUUGAUGAGCGAGGACAUCGCACCAACUACACGCUGACAGUGAUGGAGCUCAGUCACACUGGACCCAGGAAGAUUGGCUACUGGAAUGAGAAGAGAGGCUACGUGAACACAGCCAUCUACAAGCCGGUGGUGGAGUCCCUGGGUCUGCAGAACAGAACCUACAUAGUCACCACCAUACUGGAAGCUCCCUACAUGAUGCUGAAGAAGAACCACGAGCAGUUUGUUGGAAAUGAGAAGUAUGAAGGUUACUGUGCUGAACUGGCCUCAGAGAUCGCCAAACACGUCGGCUUCACCUACCAGCUCCAGCUGGUGGGUGACGGCAAGUACGGCGCCAGAGACGCUGAUACAAAGAUGUGGAACGGCAUGGUGGGAGAGCUGGUGUACGGGAAGGCCGACGUGGCCGUCGCUCCGCUCACCAUCACUCUGGUGCGAGAGCAGGUGAUCGACUUCACCAAACCCUUCAUGUCUCUGGGAAUCUCCAUCAUGAUCAAGAAACCCACCAAAUCCAAACCGGGCGUCUUCUCCUUCCUCGACCCGCUCGCCUACGAGAUCUGGAUGUGCAUCGUGUUCGCCUACAUCGGAGUCAGCGUGGUGCUCUUCCUGGUGAGUCGGUUCAGUCCUUAUGAGUGGAAGGGUGAGGAUGAAGAUGAUGAAGAUGAAACUCUGCCUUCCUCUACCUCCCGGCGAGCUCUGCCUCCCUCCUCCUCUGAACUCGCUCACUCUCCAGGGUUCUCACAGGCUCAGGUCCAGAACCAGAACCAGCAGAAAGAAAAGGAGAGUCCCGAAUACACCAACGACUUUGGGAUCUUCAACUCUCUCUGGUUCUCUCUCGGGGCCUUCAUGCAGCAGGGCUGUGACAUCUCCCCCAGGUCUCUCUCAGGUCGAAUCGUGGGAGGAGUUUGGUGGUUUUUCACCCUCAUCAUCAUCUCCUCCUAUACAGCUAACCUGGCAGCCUUCCUCACUGUGGAGAGGAUGGUGUCGCCCAUAGAGAGUGCAGAGGACCUGGCCAAGCAGACAGAGAUCGCCUACGGGACCCUGGACGGAGGCUCCACGAAAGAGUUCUUCAGGCGGUCAAAGAUUGCAGUUUUCGAGAAAAUGUGGUCGUACAUGCGGAGCGCAGACCCGUCUGUGUUCGUCAAGAACACCAACGAGGGCGUGAUCCGAGUCAGAAAGUCGAAGGGGAAGUACGCCUACCUGCUGGAGUCCUCCAUGAACGAGUACAUCGAGCAGAGGAAGCCCUGCGACACCAUGAAAGUAGGAGGCAACCUGGACUCGAAAGGCUACGGAGUGGCCACACCCAAAGGAUCGCCCCUCAGAAACCCUGUUAACUUGGCAGUGUUAAAACUGAACGAGCAGGGCCUGUUGGACAAAUUGAAAAACAGAUGGUGGUAUGACAAGGGAGAGUGCGGCACCGGGGGAGGGGACUCCAAGGACAAGACGAGCGCGCUCAGUCUGAGCAACGUGGCGGGAGUGUUUUAUAUUCUGAUUGGUGGGCUGGGGCUGGCCAUGCUCGUGGCUCUGGUCGAGUUCUGCUACAAAUCCCGGAUCGAGUCCAGAAGGAUGAAGGAGCUAAUCGACGCCGCCAUGAUGAGCAGCAGCCUCGGCGGGAUGGCGGGCGGAGGUGGCGGGGCAGCGGCGGGCGGUUUAGGAGGCGGAGGUGCGUCGGGGCUCGGAGAGAACGGCCGCGUGGUGGCGCAUGACUUCCCAAAAGCCAGAGCUCAGGGUUUACCCUGCAUGAGCAAAGCUGCCGGCCUGGGACUGUCCUCCACCGGCAUGUGAUCACAGCAGAGACUCCUGAUUGGACGGAGCGCUCCUGUCUGUCUACCUGUCAGUCUGUCGUUAGGGAAGGAAAGGAGAGAGGAAGGAGGUGAGGGGAAGACAUGAGCCAGAGGAAAAGAUGGAGGGGAUAGGAAAGAAGAAAGAGGAAGGAUGAAAGGAGGAGAGAAUAAAGGAAAGGAGUGAUGGAAGGUAAGAGAAGAAUGGAGGUAGUUUAACUGAAAAAAAAAGGAAAAAGAGGGAAGAAGGAAAGAUGAAAGGAGAGGAAAUACGAUGGGAAGGAGAGGGCAUAAGUGCGAGGGAACAAAAAGAAAGAACAUGAAAGAAAAAGAGGCAAAAGAGAAGGAGAGAAAAGGAAACAACAGAAGACGUUUGUCAGGCAGGCAGAAGGUGGAGUGUUCAUGUUCACUGUGACUGCACUGGAUAUAACAGAUCUCUGAUGAACAGAGUGCACCUGAACACAUCUCAACACACCUGAGCUGAAUCGACUGGUCUUAACAAACUCUCCAAACCUGUCAAACUGAAGUUCUUUAUUCAGUGUUUUUUCUACUAAACUCUUCUUCUGCAAUAAUCGAGCCCGCGAGGAGAAAAAAACAGAGGAGGGAUUCAUUUUUUUAAACUUCUGAAAGAUUGACUUCAUGCACCUGCUCUUCUUCCUCUUUUUCUUCUUUUCCUCACGUCCUCCUCCUCCAGUUCAGCUUCGUCACGUUCACGCAAAACGCCACUUUCAUACCAGAGACGGUUGAGAAGUCAAGAGUUCGAGCAUGUCAACCUUUUAAACCUUUUUACUAUAGAACACAGAUCAACACUUGGUGAUGAAAAAGCUGAGGAGAAAGAUGAUAACAGCUGAUCAGUGAGCUGCCUCCACGACAACACGUCAAGUAUGAAGAGAGAGAGAUGAGUCACAUAACAUGCUGCAUUUCUCCACUUUCUCCACUGAAAGUAUAUGUUUUGGCUCAGAUUGUACGAUGAUGUCAUGUUGGCGUUGGAGGUUUUAAUGGCUUCAAAAUGUUGUAACUGAUCUGAGACCUCCUGUAUGAAAACACCUGAACCCAAUGUGGGUAAGUUAUUUUUCUAAAAAGAGAAAUGUGAAUCUGAAUAGACCAGGGGAUAAUUAGACCCGAUCCUAAAAAGAAUGUCAAGUAGAGCUGCAACGAUUAGUCGAUUAAUUGAUUAUUUGAUCAAAAGAAAAUUAAUCAGCAACUGUUUUGCUAAUUGAUUAAUUGUUUUAGUCAUUUUUUUUAAGCAAAAACAUUAAACAUUUGCUUCUCAAAUUAUUCCCAAAUACCUGCCAAACUAAUGACAUUUCCAUCAGCCUCAGCUGUACGUUAUGUGUCGUGCUAAUUAGCAGCUUGGUGAACAUCAAGGUGCUGUAGACUCUUAAGGGCGUUUUUCAGACCUGUGCUUUUUAGUCCGGUUGAAUGGGACUCUGGUUGGUUUCUGGUUCGUUCAUUGGUAGAACUUGUUUGUGCAGAUCUGAACACAACAACUGCACAGAGACCCUUUACAGGAAGUGUCACAAACCAAUUCUGGAGCGAUUUGUUUGUGGUGGGAACGUGAUCCAACCUCCAUCUGACCGACUACAAGGCUGCAAGUUUGGGUCCGACCUGAACCGACAACCAUUGUCUUCUUGAUAUUUGGGCAGACGGGAGCUUCUUCAGGACCUACUUUUUUCAGACCUCGAUUCAUUCUCCAGCUAGUUGCUAGCAACUGUUAAUUUCACUCAUCAGCGUCGGGUUAUGGGAGCCGUUGUAGUCGGUCAGAUGGAGGUCGGAUCACGUUACCUCCACAAACAAACAGCUACAAAGUUCGUUUGUGACCAGAUCAAGACCACCUCCGAGUACGAUUGCUGAGUUCAGAUCUGCACAAAUGAAUUGUACCAAGGAGGAAAACCAACCAGAUUCCCAUUCAACCGGACUAAGAAGCACAGGUCUGAAAACGCCCUUAGUCUUGUUAAAGUUGCAGUGAGUUGUGUUAAAAAUAAACCACUAAAUGUCGCUGUGAUCACACGCGAUUCAGUGACCUUCAUUUCCUCCGUCUUCUCGGACAGCAGACGUCAACAUGUUGAGGUCAGUUCAGUGACAAAGUUUAAGUAUAUUUAGAAAGUGUCAAUCCUGACAUCUACCCUUUACUGUUUUAGAUCCCUCAAACAUGUUUUCUGCUCACAAAAUGUCACUGGAGCUGCAGAAAAGACGUCAUGUCGUUUAUGUUGCUUGAACAUGAGGUUUUUUUUGGGGGGUUUUUUUGAGUGGAAUUUACUGGUUAAUGGAAAUCUGCUCUGCCUUGUACUUUACAUGAUUGAAAAAAAACAAAGCUCAACACUUUGAAACUCCACUGAUCAUGUUUAAAGUUUGGAUCAAACAGCUGCUGCCGUUGUGUUUAAGUUCAGGUCGGUCACAUGUUUCUGGGUAUUUUCUCCUCAGUGUUUUCUGGACUGAACACAUGACGCAGCAGCACCACAGUAGAACUUUUUAUACUCUUGAACUGAACAAAUAUCAGGAAUAAUAUGUUCACAUUUGUAUGAUAUGAAUGAUACGUGCCGAGCUACACCUGUUUGUCUUUUGAAUUGAUUUAUGAGUUUAUAAUUAUUUUGAUUUUGUUGAUUCUGUUCAGAUCAGUUAAUCUAUUUAAUAAAAACUCUUAACAUGA